CGAAACUUUUAUAUCCAGGGCACCCGUUUGCAGUCUCUUAACGUCUUUGGCACUACUUAUUUCGAUUACCUUGUGUCCAGAGCUUAGUGUAGACACCUGACCUAUAAAGAAGGGCAUUUGCCCAAGCAGAAUGGAGGAGGUACCAGAUGGCAUCCAUCAAUGGUUGAGCGUUGAUCAGUUUCCUGGACACCUGCAAAAAUAUUGGUUUCAACGCUUCAAGAUCUGGGAUAAAUACGACAAAGGCAUCUGGAUGACAGAAGAUGCAUGGUUUGGUGUCACUCCGGAGCCCAUAGCGAACAAGAUCGCAGCGCAUAUAGCAGAGUCAGCACCAAAAGAGAAGACCGUGAUCAUCGAUGCAUUCGCAGGCGUAGGUGGCAACGCAAUCGCGCUGGCUCGCUCAGGUCGCUGGGAGCGGGUUUUCGCCAUCGAGAAAGAUCCUAAGACGCUGAAGUGUGCGAAGCACAACGCAGAGAUCUACGGUGUUGCAAACAAGAUCUUCUGGCUAGCUGGUGACUGCUUCGAGGCCAUGAGCAGAUUUGCAGGACAAAAAAACACUGUCAUCUUCGCCAGUCCACCGUGGGGAGGUACCAGUUAUGGCGAGGAUGAUGUGUUCGAUCUGACCAAGAUGGAGCCAUACAACCUCGAUAAGCUAUACAAGAGCUUCACAAAAAUCAGCAAAGAGCUUGUUCUGUAUUUGCCUCGAAACUCAGACUUGAAUCAAAUCGCAAAAUAUGUGCCCGAAGGGCAAAAGCUAGAGGUAGCACAUUACACCAUCAUGGCUGCCAGCAAGGCAUUAUGCGCCUACUUCGGGGACUUCAACUUCGACGUUGCAGAGGAGGAAGAGGAGUAAUCUUCUGCCCAAUAAACGAACGGACGAUCCUUAGCGGAUCCAUGUAUAAUAACAUCUGGGAUG